GUAACAAAAACGGAAUUCUUCUAAUAAACUUAUGAUAAAGUAUUUCAAUUUCCAGUGCCAAAUAAAAGCUCACAUGUAUUUCUGAAUAACAUUAGUAUCUAGUUGACAAUGAAACGGUCACGUAGUGAGCAUAUCCAAACUGCUGUACUAAAUUAUUUGAAAAAACGAAACUAUACCGAUUCGGAAGCAACUUUUAAGCAGAAUUUCAAGUUGGAAGAAACGUUAUUGGAAAUGACAUCUCGUGUUUUAAGAAAUAAUAAAAUAUCGAAGUCAGACAGCGUCUCAUUUUCGAUUGGCUCACUCGAUGAUUAUUUUCAUUCUUUCCUUGAAUUAAAGACGUUUGUCGAAAAAUGUGUCGCUCAAAGAAAACAUUCUAAAUUAAAAGGCAUUUUAUUUCCCGUCUUCAUUCAUUCGUUUCUCGACCUAUUAUUGGCCGAUCGUUCAACCGAAUCCACCUCAUAUUUACGAAGGUUUGGUUCAGUUUUCGACCAAUCACAUCGCUUGCUGAUUAAGCAGAUUGAAAAUCUGGGGAUUCCCCAAGACCAAGCUAAUUUAGACAUGAUUGAAGAACUACGAAAUUGCAACGGCAAAAUUGUUCUAACGGAUGACGAUCAACUUGCUUUAAAAAUAUUUCUUCAGACCCAGGAAAAUUUAUCACUUAUGAAAAUUAUCAAUGAUCGUAUACAGAUCGUGCUACCAGAGACAGAUGAUCAACUGAAUUUAUCUAAUGGUGAUUUUACUUCUACCAACACUUCACCUCAAAAAGUUCUUUCUGCUAGUAAAACUCCAACUAAGGCCAAAGUAGAAGCCAUGGAAACUGCCAUCACAAAUCAACAACCAAUCAUAAUCAGCCCUCCUUCUGUUGCCACGACAACUAACACUACGCCUUCUAAACACUCCACAGCUCCACCAGUGGCAUCUUUAGUCAGUGACAUCACAAUAGCAGAUGCUCGUAAAAUAAUCGAUGACGUAAGAAAAUCUCCACCUGCUCUGACAGACCUUACACUUAUAAAAUUUAAAGGAGAAGGUUUAAUACAUGCCACACCAUCUCAGGACCACAGUUAUAUUGCAACAGGGUUUGACAACUCCACUGUGAAACUAUGGCGUCAAGGAAAUCGUAUACCAGACUGUAACCUUCCCACCCCUGAUAUAUCAUGCGUGCAUCUUGGUAGUGAUGCACUUGAAGAUGUAUACGACAGAUUAUCUAUGAAAACCCAGCAAGAUGUUACAAGUUUAAAUGAGGAUGGUGUAGUGUCACUGCAUGGGCAUAGUGGGCCUGUGUACGAUUCUUGUUUCACAAGUGAUAAUAAGUUUUUAAUAACUUGUGCUGAGGAUUCUACAGUGAGAUUAUGGGACAUGCAGGAUUUAAAGAACAAAGUUAUUUACGAUGCUCAUAACAGACCAGUAUGGUGUGUGGAUAUCAGUGCUUACGAUUUAUACUUCGCUACGGGAUCUGCGGACCAUACAGCUCGACUGUGGACGACAGAGCGUACAUACCCCUUACGAACUUACGCUGGCCAUCAGGACAGCGUUGGAGCCAUUGCUUUCCAUGGUAACUGUAGUUACUUAGCUACAGCGGAUAGAGUUGUGAGGGUAUGGGAUGUAAAUAGUGGGAAGCCCGUUCGUGUAAUGACUGGGCAUUGGGCCCCAGUUAUGUGUGUGGCCUUCUCAAGUAAUGGACGAAUGUUAGCAAGCGCUGGUGAAGAUUACAGGAUCAGGUUAUGGGAUGUUUCCUCUGGUAACUUAGUCAAGGAAAUGCGUGCACACACAGACACAAUAUAUUCUCUUGCUUUCAACUAUGAUGGCUCUCUACUGGCAUCGUGUGGUGCUGAUUGUUCAGUAUAUUGUUGGAACACCGCUACUAUAUCUACUACAGGUGAUCAAAAGAACCAGCAUUUAGUUGCACAGUGGAGUCUCCCAAAUUCAACACAAAGUUUAAUAAACGUCGAUUUUAAAUCGACCAAUAAGUUAUUUUGUUACGCUUCUGCUACGUGAAUUGAUUAAAUUUUUCUAUUUUCAUUUUGGAUUGAUCAGUUAAAGGUAUAAAUUACAUGAAACAAAUUUGUA